CAAUAAUCCACUUUAGUCCUCAAAACAUGGAGAGAUCUGAAGCGGCAAGUUCACAGAAAGCAGCAGCAGCUUCCAAAAAGAAGACCAACAUGGGAAGAUCAAGAAAAGGCUGCAUGAAAGGCAAAGGCGGUCCAGACAAUGCUACUUGCACCUAUAAAGGCGUCAGGCAACGAACUUGGGGCAAGUGGGUGGCGGAGAUCCGUGAACCGAACCGCGGCGCCAGGCUCUGGCUUGGCACCUUUAACACUUCUCUUGAAGCGGCUUUAGCUUAUGAUGAAGCUGCCCGGAAGCUCUAUGGCCCUGCGACAAAUGUUAACUUGCCAUACUUCAAUAGUGCUACUACUUCAGUUUCUGGGUAUGAUUUUUCUUCGGAUCAUGUAGUUCCUAGCCAAGAAAUCGGCAAGAUUUCAGAGUCUGUGGGGCAUGUGGGUAGUAGUUUAUUUGUUGGGGAUUCUGGUUUUGAGGAGGCGAGUUCGUUUUCUUGUUGGCUUGAUGGUGAAGAAAAUGUGUAUUGGCCGCAGAUGAUGGAGGCUAAUGAUGCCUUGGAGGUGAAUGAUGUUGGGAUUUCAAUGAGUGAUUCGUUGGCUAAAGAGGAUUUUAAGGACUGGGAUUGUUUCCAGUCUCCAUGGAACUUGUAAAAUCAGCAGGUUUAGACGUUGGGUGGCUUUCAUGUUUUGAUUUGUUGGUCACCUGGAUGUUGAGUUUGAGUUUCGAGAAGUUUAUGGGCCUUUUCAUAUUGGACUUAGGUUCUUUGUUUUUGGGUGGGGAGAGUAGUCAGUAUUUCAAAAGCUAAAUUAUAAGUUUCUGCGGAGAUAGAUUUUGGGCUAUUUACGUUGGCGGUAGCUUCGUUUGUACAUGUUUCAGUGGGCUUUCCUGUGUUUGGGUGGUUGGCUUCUGGUUAGAUAUGCAGAAACAUAGAGGAUACAUAGACUUUGUAC